CUACCUUCAAUCUGAAUUUCUUUGGGGAGGUUCCUAUAGCCCAUCUUCUGAAUUAACGUCAGAAUGUCUACUCGAACAAAAAGCACUCAUGAAAAUGCUCCCUCGUUGAGUACGUGACUCUCCCAAGUCAACGUCUUGACACCCUUUUCACCUGCGACGAACAUACAGUUCAUACCACGAUGACCUUUUUCUGGAGCAAUCGAGCUGCUCGAAAGCGCCGUAAAUACGAAGCUGAUAAUGCCAAUUUCCAUGAUCCUGCAUACCCCCCCUCCAACCCUGUGCCUUAUACCAUGAACUACUCCCCGAAUGCCGUCUACGAACCUCCGUAUCAACAAUACCAACCGCAAUGGCAUCAGUCGUCCGUGGCCCCAAACGGAACUGUUCCUCAUAUGUACUCGGCGGUGACCUUGCCAACCCAUCAAGCGGUUCCCCCUGAGACACCCUACCGAACUGUCCAACCCCAACAUCCCUGGUCCCAACCAGAUCCCGCCGGCUAUGCUCCGACGUCGUCAAUGUCGUCGUCGUCCGGGGAUGAGCUGCUACACAGAAGAAUUGAUGACAAGCUGGACGAUAUCAUAUCUUUGAUAGAUGCAGAUGCCUUUAUUGGCUCGACAAGAGAGCUUGCCAUAACCAUACCUUCUUGUUCGUCAGAACUCUCGGAGGAAGAAGUGACCACUGACCGAGCCGUCGGCGGCCACGAGAGGAGACCAAGGAAGCAGCAGCAACAAUAUCAACAACGACAACCCAAACAGGUCAAUGUCUUUUCCAAACUGGACCUGUACCUCAACUCCAAACUCCCCGCCACGCUUCCGCCUCUGAGAGUCUACAUCCCGACUUAUCCUCUGUUGUGUUUGGCGGCACAGUACUCACUGAACGCGUACCACCAACCCCAGUCCGCUUCGGAACGCAAGGACUACAUCUCGGCCGACAGCAAACUGGGCACCAAAGCCAUAGUGGUCAAGAGCGUACCCUGCGACGACAAGAAGACGAUCGUGUUCGCCAUACGUGGGACGAGCAGACUCAGCGUGAGGGAUUGGGGGGUCAAUCUUCGAGUUGACCCGGUGUCACCCGCCGGGUUCCUCGACGACGAAGGUAACCUUUGUCAUUCUGGGUUUCUGAAGGUCGCCAGGGCCAUGGUUCGACCCAUGGCCUCGAGACUGAGACAGUUGCUGGAGGAGAACCCGAACCGAAGCAGCUGCUCUCUGCUGAUCACCGGACACAGCGCGGGUGGGGCCGUGGCGAGCCUCUUGUACUCGCACAUGCUCGCCGCGACGGUCGACAGUGAGCUGAAUGCCUUGACGGGCUGUUUCAAGAGGGUUCACUGUAUCACUUUCGGCGCUCCCCCGGUCAGUCUUUUGCCGUUACAAAAAUCCACCACCGCGGACGGCCGACUACAAAAGUGUUUGUUUCACUCAUUCAUGAACGAAGGUGACCCCGUCGUUCGUGCCGAAAAGGCUUACAUCAAAAGUCUGGUCGAUUUACUUUCCAGACCGACCCCACAGGUUGAUCAGCGAACCACCAACGCGUCGACGUCGAUGUCGAAGUCGCCGCUGACCAAGUUGGGCGCCGCCAGUAUGUCCAUGCUGGACUUGUCCCUGAACCCGACCAAAAAGAAGACGACGAAAUCCAAAAACCGUCGACAUGACCACCAACAGCAAAGUCUGGAUCCGGCGUCGAAGUUGUUGUGGUGGGACGUCCCCUCGGGCAUGUUUUCGAAUGCCGGACGCCUGGUCGUGCUCAGGGUGCCCGAGGGCAAAACCGAGGAUGAUGUCACGGCGAGUGUCGUCAAGGAUGAGCAGUUGAGACAGGUCAUUUUCGGAGACCCUCUUGCACAUUCCAUGGAACUGUACGCUAGUCGCAUCGAAACUCUUGCGGUCAGGGCCGUCACCGGUAAAGGAGGGGGAGGGGAAGGUGGUGUUGUUUGUUAAGAGUAACAAUGUAACAAGAACCACACCACGAGUGUGCCGUGGGUUACGGAUUGUGUGUUUUUGCAAAGUUGGACAAUGAAUAACUGUGACGAGAUUUAUGAACAUUAUGGGAAUAUGACGAUAAUGAUGAUGAUAUGCCCUGUUUUACCUCUGCUUGGGCGAAUGAGGUAUCGAAGGCCUAAGUUUUAUUCACAACCUAUGGAAUCGUGUCAGAUGGUCCUUGGGAUCGAUACCAAGUCAG